AACAACAAUGAUGGGGUCAUACAUGUUAAAUGGGCACUUUUUUUGUUCAUGAACGACGUGUUUAGCAGCUAAGAGACUCACCUGCAUUUACCAAAACAUGCUGCUUACUGUUCAUAUCACUUGUAUCUUAUACCAUACUGUAUAUAUUCUAUUUAUACAUUUUUAUAUUACCACUUUGCACAUACUCUGCACUCUUCUGAUUUUGCACUUCUGGUUAGAUGCUAACUGCAUUUCGUUGCCUCAGUACAAUUUAUAUGUAUAAAUACAUAUAUAUAAACAAACCUAAUAACCAAUGCCAUAAUCAUUUUGAAUCUAUAGUUAUGUUUUCCCUUUUUUUUACAGGGACACCAGCCUUCAGCAGAUUAGAGAAGGUGUUGACCAACAAGAGGGUUCUGAAAGAUGUGGGGAAGCUGAGCCCUCACUACCAGACCUCGUCGUUGGAGUCUUUCCACAGCGUCAUUCUGCGUUUUGCGCCCAAAAACGUAGUCUUUCCUUUUCUUGGAAUGUUAUGCAGACUCUACCUGGCAGUCCUGCAUUUCAAUGAAAAUGCUGGGCGUCCCCAAGCAACAAGUUCAGCUGGUGAGCCGCUAUUUAAAGUGAACCUCCCAAAAUACAAGAAGGGCGAGUGCACUGCAAAGCCGGUGAAAGCAGAGCCAACCUUCCAGUACGUGGAUAACCUGUUGGACCUCAUCUUUCACAAGGUUUUUCAGGACCCGGCCCCAUAUGUGAAUGAGGUGCUGAAGAUCCCAAUACCCGCGGAUCUCUCUGCCCAGUUUGAGAAACCUGACAAGCGGGAAGUUGUAGCCAGCUAUGUGUCAAGGUUCAAUCGAGGGCAGGUCUGAACCCCGUAUACCUUCCUUGAGCAUCAGGGAACACUCUUCGUAUCUGGAGCACAACUCAGGAUGGCAGGACGACCCUGAUUCUCCGGCCCAGAUAGCCCCAACACCAGCCAACAAAGCUUCUGUACGCCAAAUACCUGUAACGUCUAAGCAAAGUUUACAUUGUAUAAGAGAAUAAAAGGUGAUACACAUAUAUAAAGUAUUCCUUUGUUUACAGUAUGGCUACAGAUGGCACAA